CGGAAGCGGAAGUAAUCGUUCACUCUUCAGGAUGUAAACAAACAGUGGACACUUCAUACAAAUUUGUGUUCAGAUUCUCCAUGCAGUGUUUGAUGUUUUUCCUCGGUCAGCUGAAUAUGUUACAAUUCUGUGUAUGUGAUGGAUAGAUUUAUGACCUUAUCAGUGUAAUACAACAGCGCCACCAUGUCAAGGAAACAGUCGGGGAAGCCCAUAAAAGGAAACCGGAAGUUUGAAUUAGAGAGGAAGAGAGAUGAGAGGGCCGCUCGAAAAGCUUUGGCCAAAGACAAGAAGAACAGACCUCCGGGAGAUGAGAGGGAGGAGUUUGUCAGCUUCUCCAAUCAGCUUCAAGCUCUGGGUCUCAAACUCCGAGAGGUGCCUGGAGACGGUAACUGUUUGUUCCGAGCUCUUGGCGAUCAGCUAGAAGGCCAUUCACGAGGUCACCUGCAUCUCCGACAGGAGACGGUACUGUAUAUGACGACACAUAAGCAGGACUUUGAGCCAUUCGUUGAAGAUGAUGUGCCAUUCGCUCAACAUUUGUCAAACCUCUCCCAGCUGGGCACAUUUGCCGGCAAUGAUGCCAUAGUGGCCUUUGCUCGCAGCCAACAAGUGAAAGUGGUAAUACAUCAGCUGAACGCUCCAUUAUGGGAGAUAAAUGGUACAGAGAAGCCAUCAUGCCGUGAGCUUCACAUCGCCUAUCGCUAUGGAGACCACUAUGACAGCGUCCGAAAAAUCGGAGAUAACUCUGAGAGCCCGGCGCAUCUACGAACAGAGAAUCUGAAUAAUUCCAGACAGUUUGGAGAUGGUAAGAAAGAAGAGCCAAGAGGCGCCACCCCAUCUCGAUCUGCCUCUGAGGAUGAAGAGCUGAUUUUGAGUUUGCUCUGUGCUGACAGUCAAUCAACUGCCACAUCACAGAAGUGCCAAAGUGACUGGCUGGAGUCUGAACUGAAUAACCAAUCAACACAGAGAGACUCUGAUUCAGGGACACACCCUCUUUGUCAGGGCAUGCAAGCUGAAUGUAGUGACAGUGUAUCACCAGCAGAUGGCAGCAGCUCACACAAACCCAAGCUCUCUAACAAACAAAGAAAAGAGCAACAACGCUUGGAAAAGAAGAAACGUCAGGAGGAGCGACACAGACAGAAGGUUUUGCAGGAAAGAGGGUCACAUGACCAGAAUCAGAAUGUACCAGAACCCGUGACUCUUGUGCUGGCACUCAACACCCUGAGCAUCUAGAUCAAACGUGGGAAUAGUUGACUUUCUGUACCGCUACAGUGUAACAAAUGAGCAACUUGCUUAUAGUUUAAAUGUACAGGGAAUUGUGUGGAAUGAUUUGAGCGUUUGUGUCUUUAGCGUGAAGGUGACAUGUCAAGAUUUGUCGAGCUGUACGCUCUACUUGAGGUUGCAUUUUUGUAAGGAACAUAGUCAAACAUGAACCCAAACUAUUUUCUGUUAAUCAAUCUGAGCUCAG